AUGGACCAGAUGAAGAUCGUGAUCAGCGAGGCUGGUGACAAAGUGGCAGGCGCUGCGAGCGACGCCAGCAAAAAGUUGGCGACUCUAACUGGCGACAAGAAAAAAGCGUUUCCAGUCGAAGCGGCAGUGAGCGAACCGCCGGCUGACUCGAUUCAUGGGAGCACAUGCCUUAGCCUAACGAAGAAACAGCGUCUGACCGGUUUUGUGUCGUGCUUUGUGCUCGGCUAUCUCGUGAAUUUUGGGUCAACGUUUGCCCUGAUUCUGAGCUCCAAUAAUGGAGCCAAGUUUGGCGUCACGUACACGUUGGGCAAUAUCAUUUCGCUCUGCGGAUCGGGGUUCCUGGUUGGUCCUAAGCAGCAGGUCAAGCUCAUGUUCAAGCCCAUCCGUCGAAUCGCGACAAUCAUUUAUCUGGCGAUGAUUCUGGUGGUUAUCACCGUGGCUAUUGCGGCACCGCGGUUCGGACUAGUGGUGCUUUUGCUAGUAUUCAUCCAGUUUGUGGCGGCUCUCUGGUAUUCCGCCAGCUAUAUUCCGUACGGACGCAAGGUCCUUGCAGCCAUCGCGCAAAAGCUGUGCGGUGCAGCUGUGUAA